GUUGGUUCUGGGGAAGGAGGCGGGACGUUCCCCUCAGUGCCGGGCCGGGCGGCUGCGGGAGGAGGAAGCAGCCGCCGCCGCGGCAGGACAGAAGGGACGAGCCCAGGGGCCGGAGCGGCUCCGGCGGCCGGAGCGGGCGCCAUGGAGGACGGAGUCUAUGUGCCCCCGGACCUGACCCCCGAGGAGCGGCUGGAGCUGGAGAACAUCCGGCGGCGGAAACAAGAGCUGCUGGUGGAAAUCCAGCGGCUGCGGGAUGAGCUGAGCGAGGCCAUGAACGAGGUGGAGGGUCUGGAGGCGAAUGAGGGCAGCAAAACCCUUCAGAGGAACCGGAAGAUAGGGAUGGGCCGCAAGAAAUUCAACAUGGAUCCUAAAAAGGGCAUCCAGUUCCUGGUGGAGAACGAGCUGCUGCACAACACGCCCGAGGAGAUCGCCCGGUUCCUCUACAAGGGGGAGGGGCUCAACAAGACAGCCAUCGGGGACUACCUGGGGGAGAGGGAGGACUUCAACAUCGCCGUGCUGCACGCCUUCGUCGACCUGCACGAGUUCACCGACCUCAACCUGGUGCAGGCGCUGCGGCAGUUCCUAUGGAGCUUCCGCCUGCCCGGGGAGGCCCAGAAGAUCGACCGCAUGAUGGAGGCCUUUGCCCAGCGUUACUGUCUCUGCAACCCCGGCGUCUUCCAGUCCACAGACACCUGCUACGUGCUCUCCUUCGCCGUCAUCAUGCUGAACACCAGCCUGCACAACCCCAACGUGCGGGACAAACCCAGCGUGGAGCGAUUCAUCACCAUGAACCGGGGCAUCAACGACGGGGGCGACCUGCCCGAGGAGCUGCUGCGGAACCUGUACGACAGCAUCCGGAACGAGCCGUUCAAGAUCCCGGAGGACGACGGGAACGACCUGACCCACACGUUCUUCAACCCGGACCGGGAGGGCUGGCUGCUCAAGCUGGGCGGGCGCGUGAAAACGUGGAAAAGACGCUGGUUCAUCCUGACUGACAACUGUCUGUACUACUUCGAGUACACCACGGACAAGGAGCCGCGGGGGAUCAUCCCACUGGAGAACCUGAGCAUCCGGGAGGUGGAGGAUCCCCGCAAGCCGAACUGCUUUGAGCUCUACAUUCCCAACAACAAGGGCCAGCUGAUCAAGGCCUGCAAGACGGAGGCCGACGGGCGGGUGGUGGAAGGGAACCACAUGGUCUAUCGCAUCUCGGCCCCCACGCAGGAGGAGAAGGACGAGUGGAUCAAAUCCAUCAAGGCUGCCGUCAGCGUGGACCCCUUCUACGAGAUGCUGGCUGCCCGCAAGAAGCGCAUCUCGGUCAAGAAGAAACAGGAGCAGGCGUGAGCCGGGCCGGCCAGCAGGCUGCCUUUCUGUGCCCCCCCCCCGAACCCACCUCCCUGGGCGCCGCUGAAACUGACACCCCCCUGGGCUGGGGGGCCCAGCCACGGACAGACAGACAGAGCAUCACUGACUUCCCCUCUCCCAGCAUCUGUGUGCACCACCAGCCGGAUCUGUCUUCUGAAACACUACCCCCCAGGCACCCCACUUGGGCUACAGCCCCUCUCCAGGAGCCACUGGGUACCAUGCGCCAGCAAUCCCCUGCCCGCCCGUGGGGGCUGCGGCCUGGGGCCUUUGCCAUGCCACCGGCUCAGGACCUUGCAGCUGAUUCUGAUCAGGAGUGACUCCAGAUUGACCCUGGAAGAGCAGAGAUCAGAAUCCAAACCUGCCCCCAUUGCAAAUGGGAGUGACUCUGGAU